AAUAUUCAAGUCUCCAUUGUCAUCACUUGUUCCAGUCAUACCUACCUACCUGCUCAAAGCCGUUACCCUCGAGAUCGAGUCAGUUUUUUUGACAAGCUGCCAAGAUGGCCCAACCCGUGCCCCUGUCCCAGGCAUUUGCCAAUGCCCCGACCAACCGGCUGCCAAACUAUCCCAACCCCCACGGCACUCUCACUGUCCAUGCUAGCAUGUCUGGCGAUUCGACCGUGAAUACCGACCCGCCCUACUUCUCCAUCGCCGCCCAGCAAAACUGGCACACCCUCGGCACGACCCUCAUUGCGAACAUCCCCAACAUCGCCGACCCGACCCACAUUCUAAACCGCGAGACGGUCCCUUUCCGCGAGGACGCCACCUACCACAACAGCGAAGGCGACGUGGUCCGCUCAGCUGCCCUGUAUCUGCUCCACCCGGUCAACCAGGCGCUCAGUUCCGCCCAGGGUGUGGUCAUCCGCUGCCAGUCCGAACUCACCGCGAACAAGAUCCGCAGCGACAUCACCUACUUUCGCGCGCCCACGGCCGCCAAUCCAAACUACAAGGCCUUUGCCGUCGUCGAGUUCAAGAAGCGCGGCGUCAUCAAGGACAACGAGUUCCGCAGCACCAUCAAGUACAACACCGUGCCCAACCCGCAGCAGCUCGCCACCGCCACCACCGCCGCCCUGAACCACGUCAGCGGUAAAGAGUCGCAGUUUGACGGCGACGCCUGGAUACUGAUCAAGCAAGCCGCCUCGUACGCCAUCAACCACCGCACCCCCUACGUGGCCCUGUUUGACUGGGACUUCCUCGUCCUCGUCCACUUCACCAACAUGGUUGUGCCCCCGCCCCCCGCCGCGCCCAACGCCCCAAUGCCCCUGCCGGCUGAUGUUGGCGACUACUGCGAGCUCGAGAUCAUCCCCAACGCUCAGUCGCAAAGGAUGCGCGGCGCCCUGCUGGGAUUCCUGGGCCACGCCUUUGAGAAUGCUCCUGCCGUCUAGACUCUGGAGCGGUAAUGAUUCAUUGCCCAUUUUUGGUUGGACAUCUGGCAGGCUGGCAGCGGGAACUGCCACUUGGAUUCAAGAUAGCAUUAGGUGGUUGAAAAGAAUAGAACUAGACCCUCCGUCAGUGACGAGGAUGAUUUAGUAUCCCUGGAGAAAUACUCCGAGAUCUUCCCGCUCGUCUUUCUUCCUUUCUCCUUUUUGUUUUAUCACGGAGCACAUCCUCGAGCUCAACACCAUCGGGCGCUAUAUGACGGCGUCGCUAGACGGUGGCCUCGGGCA